CCUCUCUGUCUCCCUCCUCUAGCCAGUCCAUGUAUUGACCUCUCUGUCUCCCUCCCUUCUCUAGUCAUCGGCGGUUUUACAUUUCCAGCAGGCAGCGGAGAUGUUAUUUUCGUCCCCGGUGCAGGCUGCUCCAUGCCGGGGCAAGCUGGGCUUUAAGUGGGCGGUGCGCAGCGUCAUCCUGAUGACUCGCUUCUGCCGCUACUUCAUAUCCCGUUCCAACUAUCGCCAAUUCAUGGAGUUCAACUUCCGGGAGACCAUCACCAACCAGCCGGCCGGUGGAACGGGUAAAAGUCUGGUGUUUGACCUGAACCACUUCAAAGUGAAAGAGGACCGGAUCCCUAUCCUGCUGGUGGAGAUUAUGCGGAAGUGCCCAGAGGAGCGUUCUGAGUCGGAGGUGUUGCUGGUUCACAACAUGCUGAGCUCUGUGAGCAUGUUCCGUCGCUACAGUGGAACCUUGCAACUCCUUCUGGCCAGGGUGGUUCGCUAUCAGAGGUUGGAGCGUCGCAGAGUGGUCAUUAAGAAGGGCCAUUGGGGACACAGCUUCUACUUUGUGUUCUCUGGGCUCCUGGCCGUCACCAAGGACAACGACGGUAGCAGUGCCUUCGUGGAUAAGGAGCCCAUCCUCAUCAAGAAGGGCAUGAGCUUCGGGGAUGUGGCCUUGAUCAAAACGCUGAGGAGGAAUGCCACUGUGGUGUGCAUGGAGGAGACGGAACUCAUGGUGGUCGACAAGGAAGACUUCUUCGCUAACAAGAUGGACGUAGAGCUCAAGAGGGAGUUUGACUAUCGCUUUAGCUUCUUCCGGUCACUCCAGCUAGUGUCCUCCUGGUCAUACUCUCUCAUUGAACAGAUGGCUGACCAUUCCAAGGCCGAGCAAUUUAGAUACGGCCACGUGGUCGUCAAGGACACCAACGACAUGGGCAACAUCAUUUUCAUUGGCAAGGGCCAAUGUGACGUGUUGAGAGUGGUGGACCUUACCUCCUGUAGUACCUACCAACGCCUCCUAAAACAGUAUGCAGACUCAGUAAGCAGAGGUACAUGUUUGCCAACACAUGGAUUCAAAGGCGAGCUGACAAACCAACCAGGGAGUGUCAUAAAACACAAAGUCCUCCUCAAUAAUCCUCCACGUCCUCCCAGAGGACUUCCUGCAGACCUGCCCACCAGCGCCUGUUUCCUGAUCGACACUCUUCAUCAGAGCGGCACAUUUGGUCUGAACCAGUACCUGAUGCCGUCGAAGCAGAGAGACUGUCGCAGGUUCACUCUGGUCAGCCAGAGCGUGGAGAUCCUGCGGGUGGAGAAGACUCGCUUUGACAAGCUGGUGGACAACACCACCAUGAAGAAGCUGGAGGCCCUGCAGAAAACCUACCCAAGCGACGACGAGCUGUGCACUGUGUUCCUGGAACACAGCCGCUGGAAGGACUACAAACACAGUGUGAUACAGGACCUGUUCCCCGACCGGGUCGCCCCAAUCAGAAGCCCCAAAACCCAGAAGCAGCAGGGCCACUGUGGCCCCAGCCAGGCCCUUCAGCAGACCAGACACGUGGUCAACAGGCUGAAACAGACAAAGCAGAGGGUAGAGCCAAACAAAAAAUAAUUAAAUAAAGGAUUAACUGUGUAGAUGAAUGAAUACAUAGACAUGGUUUUAUCAAUAUACUUCAAGUAGAUGAAUGAAUACAUAGACAUGGUUUUAUCAAUAUACUUCAAGUAGAUGAAUGAAUACAUAGACAUGGUUUUAUCAAUAUACU